AGGACAAACCAUUUCUUUUUGUGCGAGGGAGGGGUUUUAGGCUUUUAGCGAUGGCUUAAAAACCCAGAAAAAUCUCUCUACCCGAUUUUAGUAUUUUUCUUUAUCAAUGGAGCUUCUAAAUCCUCUCCUUCCAAACAAACCUCUAAUUUUCUCUUCCACUUCCCUCUUCACUCCUAAAUUCUCCAUCAAAAUUUGCAACACCAAAACCCCUUCCAAAUUCCUCUCAAUUCCAUUCUGUUUACCGUUCUCUACCACCAGAAGAAUCUUUCAUGUUUCAGCUCAUUUUGGUCGACCCGCUGGUAAUCGCAGAAACUCACUUAGGAAAAAGCUCAUUGAUGAUCGACAGGUGCGUGAAAAGACUACUACUUUUCAAAAUCAUAGCUAUGGUUUUCAAAACUCAGAAUUUAGCUUUGAUAAUGGAAAUAAUUCUGUUGAGAAUUUGGAUCGUGUUAGUGUAAAAGGGAGUGAUUUUGGUAAUGGGUUUGAUGUUGAUAAAUCAGACAGUUUAAUAGGAGGGCAAAACAAAUUGGAAAAAUUGGGUGAUUCUGUUUUGCUGAGUAAGUUGGACAAGUGGGUCGAUCAGUAUAGUAAAGAUACCGCGUAUUGGGGUACUGGGUCUGCUCCCAUUUUCACUGUUUUUCAUGAUUUAGAAGGGAAUGUGAAGAGGGUUUUAGUUAACGAGGAUGAGAUUUUAAAGAGAAGCGGAAAUGAGAAGCGAGAAGUUGGGGAUUUGACGGAGGAGAAUUCAAAAAUCUUGUAUGCGAAAGGUUUAGCUAGAGAGAUGGAGAGGGGUGGAAAUGUAAUUCCUAGGAAUAGUUCUGUUGCCAAGUUUGUUGUUGAUGGGAUGGAGUCUCGGUUUUUUAACAGAAUUCAUGGUGUUGUUCAUCAACAGGAGUUUAUUCCUGUGGUCUCGAGAGUUGGGACGAUGGUGUUUUGUGGUUUUGUUGCGAUUUGGGCUGUGAAGAAGUUAUUCAGUUUUGGAAAUAAGGAGGAGCAAUGCACGGAGUUGGAAAAGGAAAUGAUGAGGAGAAAGAUGAAGUCUAGAAAGGAGAGAGAGAUGUUGGAGAAGGGUAGAGUUGGAGUUGUUCAAGAAUCUUUGGAACCACCAAUGGUGUUGACGGAAAGGCCUAAGUUGGAUAAGCAAGAAUUGAUGAAAAAUAUAUUCAAAGCAAAGGCAGCCUCAAAAAAUGAAUUGCUUUUGGUGGAUCCUUCUAAUUCUCAAACUACUGAUGCAAUGGAUUUUGAUCGUGAAAUCCAGACAAUUAGGGAAAUGGCAAAGCAAGUCCGGGAGAGUGAAACUAGAGAACUCAACAAGGGUAUGGAAGAAAAGCAACCUGUGAAUGAGAAGCCAUUCAGUGAGAUGCAGAUAGUUGAAGAGCACAAAGAUGUUGCAAGUUUUCCUAGUGAAACUCAAAAUAAAGAUUCAGUAGACAGAAGGGAUGUGGAUGUAAUUAUAGUGAAGAAAAAAUUAAAUGAAACGGAGAGUGAUGAUACUGGAUACUAUCCUAAGCUAUCUGCUGAAGAGAACAAGGUCAUGCAAGAAUCUGGCACUUCAAGUACAAAUUUUUCAGAUGACAGCGAAACAAUGUUCCGUGGAGAUGUUAUCCAUUCUUCUGAUGUUCCUGAUGGUGAUUCAUGCAAGUCAAAUAACAGGUCUAUUAGGCCAAAACCAAGGUUUAUACGGUCUGUCAAAGAAGCUAGGGAGUUUCUUGCCAAAAAAGGUGUCAAACAUAUACAAGAACCACAAUUUAUUGCAGUGCAGGAAAGUACUUCUGUGUUGGGGAUUCCAGAUGACGAAGAAUUCAGUGGGAAAACAAGCCAAAGAGGGGCAGUGGAAGAAAAGGUGUCUGAACCAAUCAUUUCAGGCAGAAUAUCAGAGCCUGGGCCUGCUGCAAAUGCAUGUGAAGACUUAACUCGUAAGGAGAAGGAAUUUGUUCCAGCCAAGAAUGACAAUUCCAAGAACCAACAGGGAGUGCAUGAUCUUCAAAAGCCCAGAACUUCCUUAAACCACGGCAUUAAUGGCAGCAUUACAGAGAGAAGACAGUCUGUAGGGACAGAAAACUGGAUCGAGAAAAAUUUUGACGAAGUUGAACCCAUAGUAAAGAAGAUUGGGGAGGGAUUUAGGGAAAACUACAAGGUUGCGAAAGAAAUAGCAAGUCAGCACCCGAAUUCAAGUAUUGAUAUAACACAACUUGAGUAUAGUCAAAAUGAUAAUGAACUCGAGUGGAUGAAAGAUGAUGGUCUUAGAGACAUUGUUUUUCGAGUUAGAGAAAACGAGUUAGCGGGGCGAGAUCCAUUUUAUCAGAUGGAUGCUGAAGACAAACUUAAAUUCUUCAAAGGUCUUGAGAAGAAAGUUGAGAAAGAGAAUGAAAAGUUGGUUCAAGUGCAUGAAUAUCUCCACUCAAGCAUUGAAAAUCUUGAUUAUGGAGCAGAUGGUAUCAGCUUAUAUGAUUCCCCAGAAAAAAUUAUACCAAGAUGGAAAGGGCCACCGUUAGAGAAGAAUCCUCAGUUCCUUAACAACUUCCUUGAACAACAGAAUGCAAUUGCCGCCACAAAUGCUGGUACAUCUUACCCUGUGAAGAAAGAUGAAGACAGCAUACUUCAGAAAUCAAAUAAAUCAUCAAUUGAUGAGAGUGUUGGCACUUCUUUGCCAAACUAUGCUUCAAAGAAGUUAAGCUGCAUGGAUUCAAAAAACUCAAAGGUAGUUAUAGAAGGAAGUGAUGGCUCUGUGAGAUCUGGUAAAAAAUCAGGAAAGGAAUAUUGGCAACACACGAAGAAAUGGUCUCGUGGGUUCUUGGAAUCUUAUAAUGCAGAGUCAGAUCCAGAAGUUAAAUCUACUAUGAAGGAUAUAGGGAAGGAUUUGGAUCGAUGGAUAACUGAAGAGGAAAUACAGGAAGCAGCUGAUCUGAUGACCAAACUACCAGAAAGAAAUAAGUUAAUAGAAAAGAAAAUCACCAAGUUAAAAAGAGAAAUGGAAUUGUUUGGACCACAAGCUGUGGUGAGCAAGUACCGUGAAUAUGCAGAAGAGAAAGAAGAAGAUUACUUAUGGUGGUUAGAUCUUCCACAUGUUCUGUGCAUUGAAUUAUACACAAUUGAAAAUGGGGAGCAGAAAAUAGGAUUUUAUUCAUUGGAGAUGGCUGCAGAUCUUGAAUUGGAACCAAAACCAUGUCACGUGAUCGCAUUUGAGGAUGCUGGUGAUUGCAAAAACCUUUGUUGCAUUAUUCAGGCUCACAUGGAUAUGGUUGGAACUGGCCAUGCCUUUGUGGUUCCAAGGCCACCCAAGGAUGCCUUUCGGGAAGCCAAAGCAAAUGGUUUUGGCGUUACUGUCAUCAGGAAAGGGGAGCUACAGCUGAAUGUUGACCAGAUGCUAGAAGAGGUUGAAGAACAAGUUGCUGAAAUUGGUAGCAAGAUAUACCAUGACAAGCUCAUGGGAGAGCGAUCUGUCGAUAUAAACUCACUAAUGAAAGGUGUCUUUGGUGUUGGUGGCCAAGCAACCAGGUCAAGAAGGAGAAGGUCGAAGCGAAAGCUGAGGAAGCCUGGCAAGAAAUGAAGAUUUCAGCCUAACCAUGAGAUUCAGUGACGGGUAACAGCGAUUAACUGCUUAAGAAGUCAAGGACCCCGUGGAGCCUUUUAUAACGUGUAUCACACUGCUACAGGCAGAGGAAUCUUCUCCAAUCCUGCUUACUCGCGAUCCCAUAUUCUUCCAAAAUCAGUCUGUUUCAGCGUGUUGCAGGUACAUGAAAUUGUACAGAUGGUGGGGAAAUCUUUGGCAUCGAGCUCUUAUAGUCUUUUUGAAUGGCAUAGGUCCAAUUCUACUCCUUUUUGCCUCUGAAGAUGGAUUUGGACAUAGCUGGAGCUGGUGCUAAUCCAUACUUCCUUGUUACCUCAAUCCACUUUCAAUAAAGAAUCUCUUUCACUUAGGUUCUCAAGUUUGCAUGAAUAUGCACCAUGUCCAUAAGGACUGUUCUGCCUCUGUAGCACCUGACAUUGCUUUGGUUUAGUGACCCAUAGAGAUGAUAAUUUCACUCAAACCUAAUGUAUACCGACUCAAACCGAUCUGAAUGGGUAGAAUAUUUUAUGGAUAAUUCAGGUUCAAGUAAAACCCAAAAGAAAAAAGUCAGGUUUCACAAGUGUAAUGGAUACAACUCUACCGUAUUGAACUUGACUUGAGAUUUAUUUGUUCUUAAAGUUUGAAAUAUCAGGUUUCAUUAUGUUCUUAAA